CUGGAGGAGAGGGAUCACUGCUCCUGCUCUCCGGCCGAGCCGCCCAGCCCUGCCCUGCCCUGCCCUGCCGCGGAGCCGGGGAAGCGAGUUUGCAAGUAUGCCUGCCACAGAAAAUGUGAAGAAAGGGUGGUGACACCCUGUUUUUUUAUAGCAACUACAAACUGCCGAACUACUCAGAGACGUUUAAAAAUCAUGUAACCACAACUGGAACAAUGGAACUGGGAACAGCCACUUAGUGCAGUGACCAAGAAGAGCACCUGGCCUACUGGGAGGUGGCCCUGCCCAUGGCAGUGGGGUUGGCACUAAAUGGUCUUCAAGGCUCCUUCCAACCCAAAGUGUUAUAUGAUUCUAUGAAAAGAGAACUGGCCCUACUCUGGCAGUAAGUUCCAGCAGUGCAUCAAAGAACUCCCCUUUCAGUUGUGACAAAGGAUCACGAAGUGUAGACUUUGGUCACACUAUGGAGGAAGGCUAUGAACUUGACCUCACUUACAUCACAGAGCGAAUCAUUGCAGUAUCCUUCCCUGCCAGCUGUUCUGAGGAAACUUACCUCCACAAUCUCCAAGAUGUAACCCGAAUGCUCAAAUCCAAACAUGGAGAUAAUUACUUGGUGUUAAACCUCUCUGAAAAGAGAUACGACCUUACCAAGCUUAAUCUAAAGGUUAUGGAUGUGGGGUGGCCUGAUCUCCAUGCUCCACCACUCAAUAAAGUGUGCACCAUCUGCAAGGCUAUGGAGUCGUGGCUGAACAGUGAUCCUCAACAUGUGGUGGUGAUCCAUUGCAGAGGAGGAAAAGGAAGGAUAGGUGUAGUCACAUCAUCAUAUAUGCACUUCACCAAUGUUUCUGCAAGUGCUGAUCAGGCUCUAGACAGAUUUGCUAUGAAGAAAUUCUUUGAUGAUAAAGUUUCAGCUUUAAUACAGCCAUCCCAGAGAAGGUAUGUACAAUUCUUAAGUGGCCUUUUAUCUGGAUCUGUGAAAAUGAAUACAGCCCCUCUUUUCUUGCACUAUGUUGUGCUUCAUGGCAUCCCAAGCUUUGAUGCUGGAGGAGCUUGGCGACCUUUUCUGAAAUUGUAUCAAGCUAUGCAACCUAUUUAUACAUCUGGAAUAUAUACCUUAGGGCCAGAAAAUCAAAGCAGAAUCUGCAUUGCUAUAGACCCUGCCCAGCUUUUGAAGGGAGAUAUUAUGCUGAAGUGUUACCACAAAAAGUACCGCUCAGCUACUCGUGAUGUGGUUUUUCGCCUUCAGUUUCACACUGGAGCCAUUCAAGGACAUGGCCUUGUGUUUGGCAAAGAGGAUUUGGAUGAUGCCAACAAAGAUGACCGUUUCCCUGACUAUGGCAAAGUGGAAUUGGUUUUUUCAGGAACCCCAGAGAAAAUUCAAGGAUGUGACCACCUUCAGAAUGACCAUGGAGUGAUAGUUGAUUACAAUAGCUCAGACCCACUAAUACGCUGGGAUUCCUAUGAAAAUAUGGGCCCUGAUGGGGAAGUGCUACAUACUCAAGGUCCCAUUGAUGGCAGCCUGUAUGCAAAAGUGAGAAAGAAGAGUUCUUCAGACAGCAGCAUCCCUGUUGUUGCUCAGGGUGUUCCUGUGACUGGCAGUCCUGAUCACAGUGAUCACACCCUAUCUGUCAGCAGUGACUCAGGACACUCAACAGCUUCCAUCAGGACAGACAAGACUGAGGAGCGCCUUGUGCCAGGAGUCAAACGGGGUCCGAGCCCAGAAGAGAAAGCAGAACUGGACCAGCUUCUUAGUGGCUUUGGUCUGAAGGAUUCUGUCAGUGUCACCAAGGAUUUGACUGAGGCUCGAUGCAAGUACAGGGGCACUCGCCACAUAGUGCCGGCUCAGGUUCAUGUGAAUGGAGACACUAAGCUGAAGGACAGAGAGACUGAUAUUCUAGAUGAUGAAAUGCCUAAUCAUGACCUUCACAGUGUGGACAGCAUUGGGACAUUGUCUUCCUCAGAAGGGCAGCACUCCACCCACCUAGGAAACUUUAGUUGCCACAAAAGCAGUCAGAACUCACUUCUUUCAGAUGGCUUUGGAAGCAACACUGGGGAAGAUAAUCAAAAUGCUUUUGCCCCAGACCUGGGUAUUGGUGUGGAUUCCCUCUAUGAAAGGUCAUUUGGAAGCGCUGAGCCAAAGUCAACUCAGCAAUUGCAACAGAAUUCUUCUGUCCCACCCCAGCCCCAAGCUUAUGGCCCAAGUAACUACUCUACUCAGACCUGGGUACGCCAGCAGCAGAUGGUCACUGCUCACCAGUAUGGUUUUGCCCCAGAGAAUGAAAUGAGAGUUGGCAUUCAUAACACAGUGGAGAAUUUGGGCAGUGUCCAGAGCCAGCACCAAGUCCCAAACACCUCAACAUGUGGCUCCAGCAACAGAAAUGCUGUGCAGAGAGAGCUAGAAAGUGUCGCAGAUGCUGCUGAAGAUGCAGAACAUCCCACUGCCAAGAGUUUUAAGUCGAGACCAGUACCUCAGAGGGACACAAAUGGCCUUGAUCUAGGAGGGAACACAGCAGAUUUGCCAGCUUCUCCAACUUUGGAUAUUGAUCAGUCCAUUGAACAACUGAACAGGCUUAUCUUGGAGUUAGAUCCUACAUAUGAGCCUAUCCCGACCUGCAUUAACACUGUCAUCAGGGACAGAAACCAAGUGAAUACCUUCACCAGCCUUAAUGUAGAUGUGAAACAGCUUAGCAGGAGUCCUAGCUUCCAUGAAAAAUUAGAGGUCACGAACAGGAAUGUGUCCUGGCAUGACAUGCAAGAUGACAAUGGAACAGGGGGAAGGAUCAGAAAAUUAAGUAUUGGGCAGUAUGACAAUGAUGUCCCUGGGCAGCCAUCAUUUAACAGGUGUGCAUGGAUGAAGUCUCCUGCUGCUGACCACGCUAUGGCUGUUGCAUGUUAUCAAGAUGAAAUUGAUGGGGAAAUCUUCUCCCCAGUGAAAAAUGGGAAUGAAGCUCUGUCAUCCACAUCAGUUUUUUCCCUGUCACCAGAGACAUCAUCUGUGAAAACAUCUCCACUACACCGUCAGUGGAUUCCCUCCAGCCAAAAGGUCAGCAGCCCGUCUGAGCUGUACAGAACCAAUCCUGAAUCUCAAAGAUACCUGGAAGACAUUGACCACUCUCUGGUGAUGUCUGACAGCAUGGUGGGCACUAACCCUACUUUGUUGAGGGCCAACAUGCAGAUGGAUCCCUCCUUUCAGAGCUGUUUUGCAUCCUCGUGUACUGUUUCAAGUAACAGUCCUAUCCCAGGGGGAGAAAGCUCUUCUGCAACAGAACAUCCUUGGCAUGAAAGCAGUGCUCAAGCUUCUCCUUCGCUUCAGUUUUCAAUGGAAAACAGCAGGCUGACAGGGGGUUAUCUUGUGCCCUCUGAGUUUUCAAAUGCCGUGCAAGAUGUUUCUCUCUCAUCUCAUUUCCAAACUCCAGGACUGCAAAUUGUCACCCUGAACAGCCUGGAAAAUUCAGUAGCAGAGCCACAGCAAGAACCUGCUGCCAGCAGCAGUAACCAAGCCUACCUGCGCUACAACGGGGGCAGUAGAUCCCCCCGGGAUACGAGCAUCUCUCCUAAAACUGUGAGCUUAUCAGUGGCAAGUGCCGAGGACAAUGGCUUUUUGACACAAAACUUUCUUACAGUGCCCUCUGGGCACAGUGGUCAGAACAGUGCAGUUCAGCAGCACCAUGGGGGGAGCUUAAAUACUCAACCACGUCUUCCAGAGAAAAAGAGGGCCCCUGAAGGAGACCGUUCUUUUGCCUCCGUGUCACCGUCUUCAAGUGGCUUCUUUAUCCCUCACAGUGGAAGCACAAUCAGCAUUCCCUUCCCAAGUGUCCUCCCAGAUUUCUCAAAAACAAUAAGCACUUCCCCAGUGUCUGAAAACACAACCGAGAAACAUGUGACUGUAAAAUUUGUCCAGGACACAUCGAAGUUUUGGUAUAAGCCAGAUAUUUCAAGAGAACAAGCCAUUGCAGUUCUCAAGGACAAGGAACCUGGGUCAUUCAUUGUUCGAGACAGUCAUUCCUUUCGAGGAGCCUAUGGGCUAGCAAUGAAGGUUGCUACACCACCUCCUUCUGUGCUCCAGUUAAACAAGAAAGCUGGAGAUUUGUCAAAUGAACUCGUGAGGCAUUUUCUGAUUGAAUGCACUCACAAGGGAGUGCGCUUGAAAGGAUGCCCAAAUGAACCAUAUUUUGGGAGUUUGACAGCUCUGGUGUAUCAGCAUUCCAUCACUCCACUGGCAUUGCCCUGCAAGCUUCUCAUCCCAGACAGAGAUCCUUUGGAGGAGAUAGCAGAAACUUCUCCACAAACUGCUGCAAACUCAGCAGCGGAACUUCUCAAACAGGGAGCAGCGUGUAAUGUUUGGUAUCUGAAUUCAGUGGAGAUGGAAUCCCUGACGGGCUACCAGGCAGUACAGAAAGCCUUGAGCCUGACGCUGAUGCAAGAUCCUUCUCCCAGCUUGACUGUUGUCCAUUUCAAGGUGUCUGCACAAGGAAUCACUUUGACAGAUAAUGAGAGAAAACUCUUCUUUCGGCGACAUUAUCCGGUCAGCUCUGUUAUUUUCUGUGCUCUGGAUCCACAGGACAGAAAAUGGAUAAAAGAUGACCUUUCUGCAAAAGUGUUUGGAUUCGUUGCCAGGAAGCAAGGUAGUGCCACAGAUAACAUAUGCCACCUAUUUGCAGAGCAUGAUCCGGAGCAACCUGCCAGUGCCAUUGUGAACUUUGUAUCAAAGGUGAUGAUAGGAUCUCAGAAGAAGAUCUGAUGCCUUGACAGCCUUGACUCAGAGCUCUUCACUGAAGGAAAGCACUGUGAGAGGAAGAAAACCUACUCGGCAUCAACAUCUGAACCUUGUCAUUAGCAAGAAGGAAAGCAGAGAUCAGUCUGUCUGAAUUAUGUUUGCAAGAGUUCAGCCUUUUCAUUGAAGAUGCCUCUAAAUUAAAAAAACAUUAUUUCUUCAUUUUCAUAUUAUAGGACAAAACAAAAGAAGGUGGGUGCCACCCAAGCCCAUGUAGCCCAUACCUGAAUGAAGCAUAAAUGAAAGAACUUUUCUCCUGAAGGGCUUCUAAUAUAUUUUCACAUUCUGUUUCUCAUCGUUUAUUGGAGCAGCAAUACUAACCAGGCAAUGCUACUUUUUUGUACAGAAAAUGUUGUGUAUGACCUCUACAAAGACACUUGCCAUAGUUGCAUCAAUGGUAGCUAUAGGCCUUGCAGACACAUUCUUAAAAGAACGAUGGUCUGAGGAUGAAGAACUUGAGAACAUCUUCAUCUUUAUGUGAAAUUUUCAUACAAAAUGAAUGGAUGAAGGGGAAGAUGUAUAUGAAGAGAAGGUUUGUGCAAGUUGAUUUCUGGAAAGAAAGGAACAGCAAUGUCGAAUAUUCAGGGAAAUUGCUCUGUAUUUAGUGUUAAGAAGACUGGGCUGUUUUAGUUUGAAACAUUUUAAAUAAGGAGAAGGUGCAAGAUCAAAAAAAAAAGUUAUGUGGAAAUAUACUCUGUAACUGGGGCUUUUUAGUAUUUUUUUAAAUACAGAGAACUGAGCUCUAACUUAAACACAGUGAACUGUGUUCUAAUAAUUACAGGGCAAAAAUGAGGGAAAAGCAAAGAAAAUUUUAUGAUUUAUGUAUUUUUACCUGUGCCAGAUUAUUUAUAGUAGAUCUCAGAUCUUGGUAUGUCAUAUGGAUGUUCUGACCACUGUUAAGCUUUGCCUCUGUAGUGCUAUUUUGCAUAAGUAGAUGUAUGUGUAGCCUGUGCCUUGCUGUAGACAAUAGAGUCUCAUAUUUUGAUUUUUGUCUUACAGUGACAAGAUAGUUCCCAUUUCCUGUUUUGGCUGUGUCAUUUGUUACCCCACCUAAUACAUUUGUGGGGUUUUUAAUCAGAGUUUUGAGGGGUUUUUGGCUGUUUUUUUCUUUUAAUCUGUAGGAACUAUUUUUGUUUAUAGUAUUUUUAAUAAUUCUCUGAGUCAAGAAAUCCAUAAGGGAAUGAAAUUAAUUUUUUAACUCUUAAUUUCUACAGUCAUCACACUUGUAUGUAUGUCUGUAUCUUUCUAAACACAUAAUUAUUUUAAAUACAUACCAAAGUUCUAGUUAGCUUUAGAGAAAAUCUGUACAGUAAGUUAGAGGGAAAGGAAGUAUGAUAAGUUCAUGAGGAAAGUAAGCUGCUGAGGUCUAGUGUAUAGUUCCCAUUCACUCCAAAAAGAGAAGUAUUAGGCCCCCAUGUCACAACUUGCUGGUGACAGAGCAGCUGCAGUCUGACAGUGCUGAAAAAUUUAAUUGCCUCUGUCUUUGAUGUGUGACUGUCAACAUUAUAUUAAUAACCUGAGAAAUAAAAUGAUAUGCUGAGUUUGGCAUGCCAAGCAUGAGGAGCUGUAUUAAUGAGUAACUGUACCUGCCUGAAAGAUUUAAUACUUUUAUUCAGUUGUAGUAAAUAAUGGUUAAAUGGAAUGGGAAGAUUUUGUUGGGCUACAUGGUAAGAAGAUUCCACUACCUUGAACUCUUUUGUCCCGUAUAAAUUAUGAUCUGGGUUUUUUAUUAGCAGCUCUCUUCCUAUUUCCUAGAGUAUUAGGACCUUGGAAACCUUGUUCAGUGAGCUCAGUCAAAAGUGUUACCAAAUUAUUUGUGUAACUCUGAAUAAAGUUACUUGUAGAAAUAUCUUUAUACUCAUUAAAGGGAAGGGGGUGUGAAAGAGAGGGAUACAAGAAAGAUCUGAUGUUUGAUGUAUUUGGACCAGAAGUAUGGUUUUUAGUAGCAUUGGGAAUUGGAUGUGUGUAGAAGGUUGAAUCACUCCAAAGCCUAGUAGCUACCUUUCAAGCAACAAAAGCAAGUGCCUUUGAUUUGCACCAAAUAAUUCUGUUGUUCUGACAAAGAGGUAUACUGCUGAAAUGGUUUUUAUAUGCCACCCAAAAAAAUAAAUCAGGUCUUACUUUUAGGAGCUUUGGUCCUUUUGAAACAUGUGAGAGCAAGUUUCCUUUUAAUAUUGUUUUGAUGCAGCAGCUGCCUAAUCUAGUCAGCCAGUUGGAGCUCAGUAAAUUUCUUCAUCUUACAUCUCACCUAGAUUUAAAUCUCAGAUUUAAAUGUAAUGUGAGCACUGAAAUGAGGAGGAAUUUUUUACUGUAUUUUUUUCACUUCUGUAGAUGAUACUUAAAUUUCAGUGUGUCUUGUCAGACACCAAGUGUUGGCCUUUGGGCUAAAAAUAAAGUCUUUUUCCCCAUGGUUUGCCAUUUCCAUUCAGGACCAUACUUUUUAUUCCUCUUGCUUUCUUAAGGCUUGCUGAAUUCAGGAGUUUAAAGAACUGGACACUGACACUCCUGGUGGUGUUUCCUAUGAGUUUAGGUCUAUUUGGUAAGUGGGGAAAAAAGAAGUUGCCCUGUUUCUAAGGGAGGUUUUCUAUUAUGCAUUCCAUUGGAUUGUAUACUGCUGUGGGCUUUUGCUUUUUGGUCAAUUAAAAGUACAAAAAGCAAAACGGUUCACAGUGUACCAUUGUGUAGUGUAUGUAGAAAGAUAUUCACAAACCUUUUGUUCAUGGCAAAUAAAGGACUACAUAGUUAAUACAGCACUUUCUUUCAAGGUUUUUAGUAAUGUGUAUAUGCAGUUUCAUUACUAAUGACAGCAAUAAUGACACAUUUAUUUAGCUGGACUUCUAUUAACCUGCUUAAUAAAUGUACUACUAUAAUCAUACAGUGUGAAACUACAAAAAUGCUAAAAGCCAUGUUUUUAAUGAAUUUUUUUCUAUGUAUCCAACAGUAUCAUUAAAAAUACAAUGUUUGCUUCUUGGUUUUACCUGCAAGUGAAUUUUUUUGCAUUUUUAUUGAAACUGUAAAGUAUCAAAAGUUCUCUAGGAUGUAAAUGAAUGUUCUAUAAAUUCUUUGUAUAGUAAUUUUCUCUGCUCUUUAGAUAUUGCCUCUGUUCAGAUUAUAAUAAAAUUAUGAAUGU